AUGGGGGCUACAUUCGACCAGAGGUUGAUGGAGAAAGUUGGCAAAAUGCUGGCCCAGGAAGCCAAGGAGAAGAAGUGCCAUGUGAUCCUGGCACCUACCGUCUGCCUCCAGCGCUCGCCGCUCAUUGGAAGAGGUUUCGAGGCGUUUGGAGAGGAUCCGAUACUGAGUGGCCUGAUGGCAUCAGGCUAUAUUAAUGGUGUCCAGAGACAUGGAGUUGGAGUGUCCAUUAAGCAUUAUGCUGCGCAUGAUCAAUCCGCCAUGUCCCUUGAGGAUGCAGUACGCGCUUCUGAGCGAACUUUACGCGAAACACACCUUCUCCCGUUCCAACUAGCCGUGAAACAUUCAAAUCCUUGGUCGUGCAUGACUUCGUAUCAUCGGAUCAAUGGCAAGCAUGUUUGUGAGGAUCCUUGGUUGCUGAAUGAAGUGCUAAGACAGGAAUGGGGCUGGGACGGCCUGGUUAUGAGUGACUGGUUUGGAACAUACAGUACUGCGGAAGCACUCAACGCGGGCAUGGACCUCGAGAUGCCAGGACCAACUCGCUGGCGGGGAAGUCUAUUACAUUGGUCAAUCAUCUCCAGAAAGGUCAGGAAAUCGUCAGUGGAGUCUAGCGUGCGCAACCUCCUCAACCUGGUGAACAAGGUGUGCGAGCAAGAUUCGCUCGAGAGCGACCAGGCGGCAGGCAAUACGGCAGAGAAGCGCGACCUCUGCUUAAACGUUGCCCAAAGCUCGGUCGUACUUUUGAAAAACGACCACAACGUGCUACCCCUAGAUGAAAAGGUAAAACGAACAUAUGCACUGAUAGGACCAAAUGUUCUUUAUCCAGCCGCCAGCGGUGGCGGCUCUGCGGACUUGGUCCCAUACUAUGUGAGCAAGCCAAUAGAUGCCAUCCGCGCCAUAGUUGGGGAUGAGAACGUCAGGUUUACCCCUGGCUGCUCGGGCCAUAUAUUCACGCCACUUCUGCACGACAACAUUAGCAUUCCAGGAUCCAGCGACCCAGGAUAUGCAUUGGAGUGGUUUGCUGAAGAUCCGCUCGUGCAUCCGGAAAGAGAAGCUGUGGCUUCAACAAAAACCACUCAGGCACAGAUGUACUUCGCGGACAGCCUUCCAGCAAACGUUCCAUCGAAAUACUGGCUGCGUGUCAAGACGACAUUCAAAGCGACGCAAUCAGCAACACUGCAGUUCGGCUUGUGCGUCCUAGGAAAAGGUCGAAUGUGGAUCAAUGGCAAGGAGGUCAUUGACCUGGCUACCAGCCAGCCGACAAAGACUUUGCAGACCCCCAUGUUCAACCAAGCCAGCAUGGAAGUCACCACAGACAUUGAGGUGCACGCGAAGCAAGAGUACGAAAUAACGGUUAUCCUGCAAAAUGAAUCCGCAGAGGCCGGAAUUGGCGCUCUGAACCAGGGGGGUUUGAGAAUUGGCUGCUGUGAAAAGCUGGACACCGAGCGCGCAUUGGCUGAAGCCAUCGAGCUGGCCAAGUCUGUUGAUUUCCCUAUUGUCAUUGCUGGUCUCAAUGCCGACUAUGAGAGUGAGGCAGUGGAUCGAAAAGAUUUGAAGCUCCCGUUAGUGGUUAACAGACUUAUUGAAGAGGUCAUGGCAGCCAACCCGAACACGGUUAUUGUAACUCAAUCUGGAUGCCCGAUCGAAAUGCCCUGGGCGAAGACCACCCCAACGCUGGUUCACGCAUGGUUUGGAGGCCAGGAGACGGGCAACUCAAUUGCGAAUGUGCUCUUCGGAAGAGUAAAUCCCAGUGGCCGCUUGUCUGUGACAUUCCCGGAGCGUCUGGAGGAUACACCAGCCUUCCUUGCCUUUGGUAAAGGCACCCGCGAAAUAUUCUAUGGCGAGGGAGUCUUUAUUGGGUACCGGUACUAUGAGAAGCUGAGGCGGCCGCCUCUCUUCUACUUUGGACACGGUCUCUCAUACACCACUUUCGAGUACGCCAACCUUUCUGUUCCACCAACCGUAUGCCUGGACGAUGAAAACCAAAGCUCGUUUGAUGUGACAGUCGAUAUCCGCAAUACAGGUGACCGAGAUGGACACGAGGUGGUUCAAUUGUACGUUCAGGACGUAGAAUGUGUGGCGGCAAGACCGGAGAAGGAGUUGAAGGCCUUCACAAGGGUCUGGAUUCCUCGCGGCCAGACGGUUGUGGCGCGGCUGACGCUGGACAAGUACGCGUUGUCGUACUGGGACGAGGAAACAGAGGCAUGGUUGGCGGAAAAGGGGACCUUCAGGGCCAUCAUCUCAAGGAGCGCAGACCCAAGGGACGACGUGUUGACCCAGAGUUUCGAGUUGGCAAAGAGUUAUUCGUGGUCGGGCGUCUGA